UCCAGUAUGAUUGGACUUGAAUCUCUGGCUGACCCAUCAGGAGACUGGGAUAUCCUGGAGACCAUUGGGAAGGGAACCUAUGGGAAGGUCUACAAAGUAUGCAACAAAAAGAAUGGGAGUAUUGCAGCUGUAAAAGUCCUUGACCCCAUCAAUGAUGUUGAUGAGGAGAUUGAAGCAGAGUACAAUAUCCUCAGAUCUUUGUCCAAUCACCCCAAUGUAGUCAAGUUCUAUGGCAUGUUCUACAAAGUGGACAACUACUCUGGGGGACAACUCUGGUUGGUUCUGGAGCUGUGCAACGGAGGCUCAGUUACUGAUCUCAUCAAAGGCUUGCUCAUGCGAGACUUGCGUCUGGAAGAAGCUGUUAUCUCAUACAUCUUGUAUGGCGCCCUCUUGGGCCUCCAGCAUUUGCACAACAACAGAAUCAUCCAUCGUGAUGUCAAAGGAAACAACAUCCUUCUCACAACAGAAGGGGGAGUCAAGCUCGUUGACUUUGGAGUUUCUGCUCAGCUUACAAGUGCCCGUUUACGAAGAAACACAUCGGUUGGAACUCCCUUUUGGAUGGCUCCUGAGGUCAUCGCCUGUGAGCAACAGUACGACUACACAUACGAUGCCCGCUGUGAUGUCUGGUCUCUGGGUAUUACUGCCAUCGAACUGGCUGAUGGAGAUCCUCCACUCUCAGAAAUGCACCCUGUCAAAGCCCUUUUCAAGAUCCCACGGUAA